GCGCAGGUAGGGCGCAUGCGCGCCCCGCCCCGUUCCCACGGCCUCGUCGAAGCCGAGCGGGCCAUGGAGGACUGGAGACUGUGAGCCCCAUAUUGGGCAGAGACUGACCUGAUCAUCUUGGAUCUACCCCAGCGUUUAAUGCAGCGCUUGGGAUCGGGGAAUCAGUCGGCGAUCUCAUUUCCGUCCCAUUUCCCCUCGCUGAGCGAGCAGCAGGGAUCGUCGGGAUGUACACCGCCAAAAAGUGUGGAAUUCGAUUCCAGCCUCCGGCCAUCAUCCUCAUCUACGAAGCGGAGGCGACGAGCAAAGUUCGACAGCGCAUCAUGCCCGUCCGAAACUUUUCCAAAUAUUCCGACAGCAGAAGAGCCGCCGAACAGCUGAAGAAUAACGUCCGGCACAAGGAGUACCUGGAGAACGUCUCCCUCCGCCAACUGGAGAAGCUCUUCGGCUACCUAAGAGGUCACCUGUGGGGACGGACGGUGGCCCAAACCACGGAACGGCCGCGGCGGGAAGCGACCGUCGAUCCCGAGGAGGACCUGAACAAACUAGACGACAAGGAGCUCGCCCAGCGCAAGAGCAUCAUGGACGAGCUCUUUGAGAAGAAUCGGCUGAAGAAGGACGACCCCAACUUCGUCUACGACGUUGAAAUCGAAUUCCCUCAGGACGGGCAGCUGCAGUCCUGCGGCUGGGACGCCGAGUCCGCCGACGAGGAGUUCUGAUCCCGGGCCGGGGCCCGUGGGGACAACGGGAAGCGCGUGCUCGGGCAGGGGACGGAGCGGGGAGCGAAGGACCCGGAAGGACCGGGUUGGGCCGAGGGCAGAGAAGACGUACGUUCUAGGCAGGCGACACGCCACGUUGAAAAAACAGACGGCUGACGUCGUUUCA